AUGGUCGAUGUUGCUGGCAUGCUGUGUCCUGAAUACAAAAAUACGUUUGAGAAUAUUAGUUUGUCACGAAGAACUGUUGCUCGCCGUAUUGAAGUAAUUGAUGAAGACUUGGCCUCUCAGUUGAACAGGAAAGCACAGUGCUUCACGCUGUUUUCGUUAGCUCUCGAUGAUAGUACUGACAUAAAGGACACAGCGCAGCUCUUGAUUUUUGUGAGAGGAAUUAACAACAAAUUUGAAAUCACAGAGGAAUUUUUAUCUAUGGAAUCAAUGAAAGGCACAACAAAGGGAUUGGAUUUGUAUGAGAGGGUGUCUGGUUGCCUUGAACGUCUGAAGCUCCCCUGGAGUAAACUCGCAAAUGUGACCACAGAUGGAUCGCCAAAUUUAACUGGGAAAAAAGUAGGACUUUUAAAAAGAAUUGAGGACAAAGUAAAAGAUGUAGAUUCUGAGAAAGAAAUCAUUUUUCUGCACUGCAUCAUACAUCAGGAGGCACUCUGCAAAAAUGUUCUGGACAUAGAUCAUGUUGUUCGCACAGCAGUGAAAAUAGUGAACUACAUUAGAGCAAGGGGGCUUAAUCAUCGGCAAUUCAUUUCCCUUCUUGAGGACACUGAUGCUGAACACCAGGACUUACUUUAUCAUACGAAUGUCCGCUGGCUCAGUUUAGGAAAGGUGUUGCAGCGAGUGUGGGAGCUUAGAGAUGAAAUUAACAUUUUCUUGGAAAUGCAAGGGAAAGAAAACGAUUUCCCGGAAUUAAGGAAUUCAAACUGGGUGUGUGACCUCGCUUUUGGUGUGGAUAUCAUGGCACAUUUAAAUGAACUUAAUGUGAAGCUGCAGGGCAAGGAUGUGUUUGUUCACGAAUUGUAUUCCAAUGUGAAAGCUUUCAAAGUCAAGCUCAUUUUGUUUUCAAAACAAAUGAAGAGCAAACUGUUCGCUCACUUUCCAACACUUAAAUGUUUGGAAGUGUCGUCGGAGCGGGCAGACAGGUACAGCAACAUUCUGAGUGACCUGCAUGGAGAAUUUUCUCGUCGAUUCUCUGACUUUGAGAAGAUCGAGAAGACACUGGAGCUGGUGUCAUGUCCACUUUCAUUUGACUACGAGAAAGCACCAGAAGAAUUACAACUGGAGCUCAUCGAACUCCAGUGCGACUCCACUGUGAAGGAAAAGUACCAUUCACAAACACUGGACAAGUUUUAUGCCUCUUUGAAUGAAACAAAGUUCCCAAAUAUCCGCAACGUAGCCCAGAAAAUUCUUGUGUUGUUCGCCUCCACCUAUGUGUGCGAACAAACAUUUUCACUACUGAAUUUCAACAAAUCUCGCUACAGAUCCCAGUUAACUGACCAGCAUCUCAGCUCUGUUUUGCGGAUUUCAACAACAAGGACAGCACCAGACUUUGAUGCUAUCGUAAAGAAGGGCGACCAACUGCAUUGUUCACAUUAACAGCAAAGAGAGCGAA